CGACUGUAGAGUCUGACAGAUUCAUUGUCUUGAUUGUACUUUUUAGCAUUAUAGUAUUGUUGCAAAAAUGCUCCCGAAUGCUCCUUCGCAUUCUCACUCAAAUCCACCAAUGUCACAUCACCACAAUCCGCAUCACAACAGGCACCAACACAGUUCUUCUUCGUCUAGUCAGAUCAACGGGCAAGUUCAACAACAUCCACCAUCUCAGGUAUCUCCAGAAGAUAUGGCAGAAAUGGACAGACAGAAGGUCAAUCCAGCACUGAUAAAGUAUAUCGAAGAGUUCAAGUUUCCCUAUAUUACUGAUGUCAGCAAUUACGAAAAACUCAUAAAGAUUGGACAGGGAACUUUCGGAGAGGUCUUCAAAGCACGAUGUAAGAGAUCUGGGAGAAUGGUAGCUUUGAAGAAGAUUUUGAUGGAAAAUGAAAAGGAGGGGUUUCCAAUCACUGCCUUGCGCGAAGUUAAGAUGCUCCAGCAGCUCAAACAUGAAAAUAUCACAGAUCUUAUCGAAGUCUGCAGCAGUAAGGCAUCUGCCCACAAUCGUGACCGUUCCACCUUUUAUCUCGUCUUUGCUUUUUGCGAGCACGAUCUGGCAGGAUUGUUGAGUAACUCAAAAAUCAAGAUAUCCCUGGUGCACAUUAAAACGAUGAUGAAACAUCUCUUCAACGGGCUCUGGAAGAUACACCGGUCCAAGAUCUUACACAGGGAUAUGAAGGCUGCAAACGUGCUUCUAUCCCGAGACGGUAUUCUUAAACUCGCAGAUUUUGGAUUGGCGAGGCCGUUUUACAUGGGUCAUCCUCGACAGUUGUACACCAAUAGAGUCGUAACGCUAUGGUAUCGCCCGCCGGAGCUCUUGCUUGGAGAUCGACAGUACACUACUUCCAUAGACAUGUGGGGCGCAGGAUGUAUCAUGGCGGAGUUAUGGACGCGCUCGCCUAUCAUGCAGGGCGACACUGAGCAGAAACAACUCACAAUGAUCUGUAACCUUUGCGGCUCUAUAGACAAGGACUCUUGGGAAAGGGUAAGCGAGCUGCCGCUCUUUGAUAGGAUGGAACUUCCGCAAGGCCAACCACGAAUCCUUCCACAGCGUAUGCGAGCUUACAUCAAGGAUGAGCUCGCCAUUUGCUUAAUUGAUGAAUUGUUGGCGCUGGAUCCGAGCAAGCGUUUGGAAGCUGAGAAAGCACUGGAUCAUACAUUUUUCUACACCGCUCCUUAUUCUAAAGACGAUUUCAAAGAUCUCAUGGACACAGUGAAAACUUCGCAGUUUGAGUAUACGGCUGGUGGAGGCGCACAUGCAAAUCGGGGUCGAGCAGUAGGAGCCGGUCAGCGUGUACCGCAAAGACCACAACUUUCUUCGCAAACGGGCCAGUUUCAUGACAUGAUUUUCUAGCAGUCUUGGAAUUUCUGGUUUUUACCUGCACAGCUUACAUGUUUCUGUAAUUUUGGUAUCACGUUGUUUAGUUUGUGGUUAAAAUUACGGGUUUUCGAGUUAUCGUGGUUGCAUUCUGAAAAUGCCAAAUCACUUUUUAGUACUAAUCCAUUUGUCUCAUAUUAUGAGAGUAAAUAAAUUAUUGUUCUGCUUCGUAAAAAGCUGCUUUAAUCUAACAUAGCGAGU